AUGGCACUACCAAUCCGUGCGCGCAAGGCAGUAUUAAGCCCUCUUCCUACUCUUUGCGCGGCGCCUAACAAAACCAAAUCCGCCGCGUUCCAUGCCGUCACAUAUUGUGGUGACUGGUUACAGUGUCUGCCGUUCAAGGUUGCCUCAAAGUCGUGGGAGAGCUCGAAGUCCCAUGGGUCGAAGACCACGGUCUCGAUGCACUAUUUCUGGAUGAGCAAAAGCUGCGUGAUUCUCUUGGCCAAGUGA